ACAGCUAGGCUGGGUUGCAAACAGGCAGAACCAGAUUCCCCAAGUAGAAAGUAAUCAAUUUGCCUGUCUACUGGAGUUGCAGAAGUCAGCUUCUCUCUCGCACCGCCGCACUCAAAGAUGAGCCCCUGGACAAUUAUUUAAGAACUAGGAGCAGAAGGCAUGCAGAAAAUACUUAGUGGAAUGCCACUCAAGACACGUUACUCAGGCAAAUAUUCAAAACGAUGUUUUUCAGAUUAUACUGGAGCUUACCCUCGGGAGUUCAUUUGUAAAGGGUAACACAGAAAGACUGUCACCGCACAGGAUUAAAAGGGCUCCUUGGUCAAUGUUCCAUCCAGGUGCAUAACAUGUUACAGAUAUUCCUCCAUGGAUAUUGUUGUGUUCAAUAACACAGGCAUUCAGUCUAAUUUUUUUUUUUUUUUUAAUUUUUAUUGUGGACAUAUAGACAAGCUGCAUCAAGCUGACAAUUUCUCUCUUUUUUUUUUUUUUUUGUUUGUUUUUAACAUGGAAGAUGUCUUCAAGCAAGCUUCUGAAAUAUUUACAGGACUUUUCUUUAUUUGAAAGCAAAUAGGGAAAUUUACAAUGACCGCACAAGGCCAGGCUGAGCAUUAUACCCACAGUCAUUUGAAUGCAAACUAAGAAAAUACUGGAUAUUAGAGUUAGCUCCCUGUCUUGCAAGGGAGGAAAAGAACAAGCUAAGAAAAACUGAGUACAAAAACCAUGAAAGACCGCCUCCAAGAGCUUAAACUGAGAGCUAAGGAACUGCAGAUAGUUGGAGAGAACAACCACCCACCCGUACAAGAUGAGCAGGAAGAGUUUGAACAGCAGGCUAUUAUUUAUGAAAGGGAGCCCAUAACUGAAAGGCAUUUCCAUGAAAUCCAGAAGCUUCAGAAUGAAAUCAAUAAUUUGGUGGACGAAGUUCAUAAAUUUAGUCAACAACAAAAGAGCCUAGUAUCUUCAAUGAGAAGGUUCAGUGUUCUUAAAAAGGAAUCUAACAUAGCAAGAGAAAUCAAAAUUCAAGCAGAACACGUAAGAAAGGGUUUGGACGAACUGUCAAAAACAGUGAAAAAAGCUGAAAGCGAAUAUGGCUUAUCAUCUGCCAUAGUAAGAAUUCUAGCUUCCCAGCAUGCUUUCCUAUCCCGGUGUUACCUAAAUGCUAUGCUCUCCUACAACGAAGCUAUAACAGUCAAGCAAGAGAAAUGCAGAAAAUUUAUCGUUCGUCAGCUUGAAGUAGCUGGUAAGGAGGUAUCUGAGGAAGAAGUCAAUGACAUGCUUCAACAAGGAAAAUGGGAUAUUUUCAAUGAAAAUCUACUCACUGAAGUCAAAAUAACAAAAGCUCAGCUUUCAGAGAUUGAACAGAGACACAAAGAACUAGUCAGUCUGGAGAACCAGAUCAAAGACUUGAAGGAACUUUUUAUCCAGGUAUCGCUUCUGGUGGAGGAGCAAGGGGAGAUGAUCAACAACAUAGAAAUCAGUAUGAACAACACUCAAGAAUACACUCAAAUAUCUAGAGAAAAAUUUGGACUUGCAGUCAAGUAUCGGAAAAGAAACCCUUGCAAAGCAAUAUGCUGCUGGUGUUGUCCAUGCUGCAAAUGACAAAGAAAAAAAAAAACACAUUUGAAGCAGCAACCAUUCUUAUUUAGUAAAAGUUCCUUAUUAGGCAGCCUCAGAAUCCUUCUAUUGAUUCAUUUUUCUUCUUAUUUGUCCUUCCACACCACCUCUCAGGAAAAACUGCAUCUGUUUUUUCCAAACUGAGUUAGAAGAAUGCAAGGAGAUCUUCAUCUGACCCUGAAUUUUAUGAUUUUCACAGAAACACGUGAACUAGAAGGAAGGAUCAAAGGAGAUGGGUGACACUUUCUUGUUCUUCUGCUCAUAAGAAGCCAAAACAAUGUGACGACAUCUCCCGUGCUUUUGGGAAACAUCAGAAGGAUCGUUAAUCUCAGACAAGAUUCAUAAGACUGGUUGAAUAACCUUUUAUAAAAUAAUAUUCAGUAUUUUUCUAAUUGCCUUGCUGUUUUUGUUUGUUUUUAGCACUCAUAUUUACUUGGUUCUUUUUUUUUGUUCCCCCAAUAAUCUGGAGUUCCUCAACAACAAUGUAGAACCUGAUACCUAAA